AUUCGAAAAAACGGCUGCAGGUGCACGAAAGGCUGUACUUCGAAGCUUCUUACCAAAUCACAUCGAGCUAGCUUCCGCGGCCGGCGCACUUAUUGCUGCAAGGCUUGAAGGACUCAUCGAUCAUCGGGACAAACGCCGGUAUUCUUCAACACUUUUAUGACUUUUCUGCUGCGGCUUCAUACACGACACAAGAUUGAUCAACCAGAAAGAGCUGGGAUCGUUGAGGCACUGCCACAACCACCAAAAUGGCAGCCCACGAUAUCGAGAAGGGAAUACCCGAUGACGAUACUACAAGAACCGAAAUCAGCAACACCAACAACAACCUCUAUCCACCCAGCCACACAUCCUCGAGCACCUCCCAACACGACUCAGAAGAGGAGGAAAUCUCAAGAAUACCAACCCACACAACCCACGCAUCUCACACUUCCCGGACAGCUAAAUCCAAGAAUGCCCUUACCGACCUCGCCAAAAUCAUCACCGCACGCAGCAAUGCCUCCGUCAUCAACCCCGGGCCCCCACCCGACGGUGGCCUAAAAGCCUGGACACAAUCCUUCAUGGGCCACUUCGUGAUCUUCAACACAUGGGGCAUGAUCGCAACCUUUGGCGUCUUCCAAGCGCACUACACUCAGGACCUUGGUCUCGAACCGAGCGCUGUGUCCUGGAUAGGCUCGAUGCAGAUGCUCGGGCACUUUGCGCUGGGAAUGUUUAGUGGGAGGAUGUUUGACGCGGGGUAUUUCCACUGGGUGAUAAUCCCGGGCAUGUUGUUGGCUGCGCUCGGGACGAUGAUGACGAGUUUGUGUUCUCAGUACUGGCAGUUCUUUUUGGCACAGGGAUUGAUGACUGGGCUGGGGUGUGGGUUGCAGUUUGCGCCUACUAUUUCCCUCGUCACUACGUACUUCAGCAAGAACAGGAGUGUGGCGGUUGCUAUCAUGGCGAGUGGGAGUGCGACAGGCGGACUCAUCUAUCCUACCAUCGCACGCCAGUUGAUGCCGAAGAUCGGGUUUCCGUGGACGGUCAGGGUUAUGGGGUUCAUGAUGCUGGCAAUAGGCUCCAUGUACUGCUCUCUGCUCAAACCCAGACUGCCACCGAGGAAGAGUGGACGGUUGUUUGAGUUCAGUGCGUUUAAGGAGCCGCCGUACAGUCUGUUUCUUAUGGGCAUCUUUUUGAUUGGACUGGGACAGUAUUUUGCGUUCUACUAUAUCUCCUCUUUUGCUGUUGAUGUCCUGGGCGUUCCGUAUGCAACAAGUGUCAACGUUUUACUUGUGCUUAACGGGGUUGGAAUCUUGGGGCGGUUGCUACCGAGUUACUUCGCGGACAAGUAUACUGGGCCGUACAACGUCCUGAUACCAUUCUGUUUCGUAUCAUCUAUCGUUUUGUUCUUCUGGCCGUUGGUUCACAGCGAAGCUGGACUCUACGGGUGGGCAGUCUGCUACGGAUUCUUUGUAGCAGGAUUUCAGGGUAUCUUUCCUGCGGUCUUGACGACUCUGACAAAGGACAUGAGUCGAGUGGGAACAAGAAACGGCAUGGGCUUUGCGAUCAUGGGAGUUGGCACGCUCGUUGGCCCGCCAAUUGCUGGUGCGCUGAUCCAGAGUUAUGGUGGUAGUUAUUUGGCUGCGCAGAUGUUUGGAGGUGCGACAGUGUUGAUUGGAAGUUGCGUGUUGGUUAUCGGAAGAGCAGCAAUCACUGGAUGGAAUGUCAGAGCGCGAGCUUAAUUUCAUUGAGAAGGAGAUAUCAGCAUUUAACUGUUCAAAUUUCAAAUUUUUCAGUGC